ACCAACGCAGUAAUCUCAUCUGCUGUACAACAUCCCUACAUGAUGGAACUAACAAGCGUUGUAUUCAUCUUUCUUGUGUCGUUGUGUGGUGUCAGAGACGUACAUGCUGAUACCAGUUUGGCAGCCUUCUCUAGAAAACUGAACAUGCUUGACAGAGAGAUCAAAUCGUGGAAAGGCACAGUUGCUGAUUUGGGGAUUGAAACGAAUAACAACUUUGACAUGCUGGAGUUAUCACUGAAAGAAGAACUAACUAACACGUUCAUCCCUGCCUUGAUAACGUCUCUAGUGCAGCAAGCGAUAACUGGCAUCCUGAAAGAAGAAUACAUCGGGAACAUUGUCCGCGGACGUGUUCUUGAUGUCGUUAAUAGUCUAAAAGCCAGCAUUCAAUACACAAAGACACAACUUCAAUCAGUUAAACGUCAGUUCAGAAAAGUUACCCAGGAAAGAGACUCUUACAAAGAGAGUCUUGGCAAAUUAAGAGGCGAGCUGACCAAAGACUUUCAGGAAAUACAGCAAAGGAUACAGGAACUUGAGAAACGUGAUGCGCUGCGUGAGAAACAAAUCCAAGACUUGACGGAACAAAAACAGAAAGCCUCGAGCGACCGGAGCCACAGAGAAAGGGCUGCACAGAUGACGACAGUGACGACCCAUGCCUCGAGCGACCCGAGUCGGACCACGAGGACACCAGUGACGACCACAAAAAAGCCUGCUAUCCAGGCGACUCCAUCACCAGCAGACUGCGAUGACCUCCAUGACGCCAGCAGGUUGGGGAACCUGGAGAAGGUGAAGCGGCUCCUGUCGCGGGGCGUCGACGUCAAUUGUAGGGUAGAGGGGAGCAGGACACCGGUGAUGGGGGCAGCAGGCGAGGGACACACAGACGUGGUGGAGCUCCUGGUGAGUAAAGGGGCCGAUGUGUCACUGGUGGACAAAGACGGUGACAACAUCCUUCACCUCGCCUGUAUUGGAGGACACUUGGAGAUAGUGAAGUUUGUGCUGUCUCUGAACGUGGUGGACAUCAACAGUAGAGGAAGGGGGAGCAUGACACCGGUGAUGAGGGCAGCAUGGAUUGGACACACAGACGUGGUGGAGCUCCUGGUGAGUAAAGGGGCCGAUGUGUCACUGGUGGACAAGGACGGUGACAACACCCUUCACUUCGCCUGUAUUGGAGGACACUUGGAGACGGUGGAGUUUGUGCUGUCUCUGAACGUGGUGGACAUCAACAGUAGAGGAAGGGGGAGCAUGACACCGGCGAUGUGGGCAACACAGUAUGGACACACAGACGUGGUGGCGCUCCUGGUUGGUAAAGGGGCUGAUGUGUUACUGGUGGACGAGCGCGGUGACAACAUCCUUCACAAAGCCUGUUCCGGCGGACACUUGGAGAUAGUGAAGAUUGUGCUGUCUCUGAACGUGGUGGACAUCGACGCCAGGGACAACGGCGGACUGACGGCGGCCGACUCGGCGAGAAUCUUCGGAUAUACGCGAGUGGCGAAUCUCCUCGUGUCCCGCGGCGCUCAGUGAUGUCAGUGUCGUGUUUGUGUAGACGGUGGGGAUGAUGUGACAGUGACGUGGUGUGCCGUUCACGUCGUCGUGUGUAAAUAUGUCUUUUAUUUACGUGAAACUGUUUGUUGUUUUUGGAGCUGAAUAAAACUUGUAAAAAGUU